UUCCUCUUUUUCGCACACACACACACACAAAUAUACCAAGAAACUAUCAAAAAUGAAUAUUCUUUAACAAACCAAUAUUAAAAAUAAACCAAAAAGCUACAACCUUUACAGUAGAAAAUUCAGUUGAAUACACAAAAAGAAAGAACAAUUGUGUGUUGUUGUGUUACAAGUGAGUAAUAUGGGAAAAGUGGUGGUGGGUGCAGCAGUAGUAUGUACAGCUGCAGUAUGUGCUGCUGCUGUUUUAUUAAUGAGGCACAAAAUGAAAAAUUCAGGUAAAUGGGCUAAAGCUAUGGAUAUAUUGAAAGAGUUUGAGGAGAAGUGUGAAACUCCAAUAGGAAAACUUAGGCAAGUGGCUGAUGCUAUGACUGUAGAGAUGCAUGCUGGACUUGCUUCUGAAGGUGGUAGCAAACUCAAGAUGCUCAUUAGCUAUGUUGAUAACCUCCCCACUGGGGACGAAACCGGUCUGUUUUAUGCAUUAGAUCUAGGCGGCACAAACUUCCGUGUGAUGCGUGUGCAGUUGGGCGGGAAAGAAAAGCGUAUAGUUAAACAAGAAGUUAAAGAAGUUUCAAUUCCAAAGAAUGUGAUGGCUGGAUCGUCAUCUGACGCGUUAUUUGAUUUUAUUGCCACGGCGCUUGUAAAAUUUGUUGCUACAGAAGGCGACGAUUUUCAUCUUCCACCCGGUAGACAAAGGGAGUUGGGCUUCACCUUCUCUUUCCCAGUUAAACAACUGUCAAUUGCAUCAGGAACUCUUAUUAAAUGGACAAAGGGCUUCUCUAUAGAUGAUGCGGUUGGCCAAGAUGUUGUUAGAGAGUUAACAAAAGCAAUGGAAAGGGUCGGUCUUGACGUGCGCGUGGCUGCUUUGAUCAAUGAUACUGUUGGAACAUUAGCAGGAGGUCGGUAUAACAACCCUGAUGUCAUUGCUGCAGUAAUAUUGGGUACUGGAACCAAUGCAGCAUAUGUUGAGCGGGCAAAUACGAUUCCCAAAUGGCAUGGUCUGCUGCCUAAAUCAGGAGAUAUGGUUAUUAACAUGGAAUGGGGUAAUUUCCGCUCAUCACAUCUUCCGGUAACAGAAUACGACCAAAGUCUUGACGCUGAGAGUUUAAACCCAGGGGAGCAGAUUUAUGAGAAGAUGAUUUCCGGGAUGUAUCUUGGAGAAAUUUUGCGCAGAGUCUUGUGUAGAAUGGCUGAAGAAGCUUCAUUUUUUGAUGAUUAUGUCCCACCAAAACUGAAAACUCCAUUCAUUUUAAGGACUCAGGACAUGUCUGCUAUGCAUCACGACAAGUCUGCUGAUCUCAAGGUGGUUGGCGACAAGCUGAAGGAUAUCUUAGAGGUACCUAAUUCUACCUGGAAAAUGAGGAAAAUAAUUGUUGAGCUAUGUGACAUUAUUACCUCUCGUGGAGCUCGUCUUUCUGCAGCAGGAAUCGUGGGUAUCCUCAAGAAAUUGGGAAGAGACACUUUGAAGGAUGGAGAGAAGCAGAGGUCAGUAAUAGCUGUUGACGGUGCAUUGUUUGAGCAUUACACAAAGUUCAGAAAUUGCAUGGAGGGAACUAUUAAAGAGUUGUUGGGAGACGCCGCAGAAAACAUAGUCGUUAAGCUUUCGAAUGAUGGUUCUGGUGUUGGAGCUGCACUAUUGGCUGCUUCUCAUUCCCAGUACCUCGGACUCAAGGAAUCUUGAUCAUGGUCAGAGUGAUAGAAAAAGCCUUAGAUGGUUUCUACAUUUAUUAUCGCCCCAUACCUCGUAAAAGAGAACCCUCUUCUUUGGUCCCAUACAUUUUGGUAAUGAUAAUGAUAUGAGUUGAGCUUAAUGAAAAAGUGAGAUUCAUAUCGUCGACCCCAACAUGUUCGAGAUUGAGGAAUAGUUGUUGUUGUUGUUGUUUAGUUGCCACAUUUUUUGUAAUCUUUACAAGAUUCUCUGUUGCCAAUAAGUUUUAGUAGUGAGGUAGUUUGUUGUUGUUGUUUAGUUGCCACAUUUUUUGUAAUCUUUACAAGAUUCUCUGUUGCCAAUAAGUUUUAGUAGUGAGGUAGUUUGUUGUUGUUGUUUAGUUGCCACAUUUUUUGUAAUCUUUACAAGAUUCUCUGUUGCCAAUAAGUUUUAGUAGUGAGGUAGUUUGUUGUUGUUGUUUAGUUGCCACAUUUUUUGUAAUCUUUACAAGAUUCUCUGUUGCCAAUAAGUUUUAGUAGUGAGGUAGUUUGUUGUUGUUGUUUAGUUGCCACAUUUUUUGUAAUCUUUACAAGAUUCUCUGUUGCCAAUAAGUUUUAGUAGUGAGGUAGUUUGUUGUUGUUGUUUAGUUGCCACAUUUUUUGUAAUCUUUACAAGAUUCUCUGUUGCCAAUAAGUUUUAGUAGUGAGGUAGUUUGUUGUUGUUGUUUAGUUGCCACAUUUUUUGUAAUCUUUACAAGAUUCUCUGUUGCCAAUAAGUUUUAGUAGUGAGGUAGUUUGUUGUUGUUGUUUAGUUGCCACAUUUUUUGUAAUCUUUACAAGAUUCUCUGUUGCCAAUAAGUUUUAGUAGUGAGGUAGUUUGUUGUUGUUGUUUAGUUGCCACAUUUUUUGUAAUCUUUACAAGAUUCUCUGUUGCCAAUAAGUUUUAGUAGUGAGGUAGUUUGUUGUUGUUGUUUAGUUGCCACAUUUUUUGUAAUCUUUACAAGAUUCUCUGUUGCCAAUAAGUUUUAGUAGUGAGGUAGUUUGUUGUUGUUGUUUAGUUGCCACAUUUUUUGUAAUCUUUACAAGAUUCUCUGUUGCCAAUAAGUUAUAGUAGUGAGGUAGUUCAA